UGCUCGGCUUUCUGUGCUAAAAUGGAGGCCGCUUCCUUGCCCUGAGCCGACCGCCUGGUGCUCCGGCGUACAUGUUGACAUGCGAUAAAGCGGGAAGCAGGAUGGUCGUGGAUGCACCCAAUACCAACGGGCCUUUCCAGCCGGUGGCCCUCAUGCACUUUAGAGAUGUGGCUCCAGCUGAGCAAGAGAAGCUGUUUAUCCAGAAGCUGCGACAGUGCUGCGUGCUCUUCGACUUCGCCUCCGACCCCCUGAGCGACCUGAAAUGGAAGGAGGUCAAGCGGGCGGCGCUGAGCGAGAUGGUGGAGUACAUCACCAACAAAUGCAACGUUAUCACUGAGCCCAUCUACCCGGAGGUGGUCCACAUGUUUGCUAUCAACAUGUUUAGGACGUUACCUCCCUCAUCCAACCCGACUGGAGCAGAGUUUGACCCUGAAGAGGACGAGCCUACGCUGGAAGCAGCCUGGCCACACCUACAGCUUGUCUACGAAUUCUUCCUAAGAUUUUUAGAAUCACCAGACUUUCAACCAAACAUCGCAAAGAAGUACAUCGACCUGAAGUUCGUAAUGCAGCUUCUGGAGCUGUUUGACAGCGAAGACCCUCGAGAACGAGACUUCCUGAAGACGACUCUGCACCGCAUAUACGGAAAGUUUCUUGGACUCCGAGCGUACAUCAGGAAACAAAUUAAUAACAUAUUUUAUAGGUUCAUUUAUGAAACCGAGCACCACAAUGGAAUAGCGGAAUUACUGGAGAUUCUAGGAAGUAUAAUCAAUGGUUUUGCCUUACCUUUAAAAGAAGAGCACAAGAUUUUCCUGUUGAAAGUUUUAUUGCCUUUACACAAAGUAAAGUCGCUUAGCGUUUACCACCCACAGCUGGCGUACUGUGUGGUGCAGUUCCUGGAGAAGGACAGCACACUUACUGAACCGGUAGUGAUGGCACUGUUGAAGUACUGGCCAAAGACUCACAGCCCAAAGGAGGUAAUGUUCCUUAAUGAGCUGGAGGAGAUCCUCGAUGUGAUUGAACCUUCCGAGUUCGUUAAAGUGAUGGAGCCUCUUUUCCGGCAGCUGGCCAAGUGUGUGUCCAGCCCGCACUUCCAGGUUGCAGAAAGAGCGCUUUACUACUGGAACAACGAGUACAUCAUGAGCCUCAUCAGUGACAACGCGGCAAAAAUCUUACCCAUCAUGUUCCCAGCACUGUACCGCAACUCCAAGACUCACUGGAACAAGACCAUCCAUGGCCUGAUCUACAAUGCUCUGAAGCUCUUCAUGGAGAUGAACCAAAAGCUAUUUGAUGACUGUACACAGCAGUUCAGAGCAGAGAAGAAUAAAGAGAGAGCGAAGUUAAAAGAUCGGGAAGAGGCCUGGAUUAAGAUUGAGAACCUUGCCAAAACAAACCCUCAGUUCCCUAUACAUGUCGAUUCCUCCGGCCUAAACAGUCCGGUAGAAAUGGAGACUGACGGGCCGCCGAUAGACGAUAUUCAGAUGUUAAAAAAGACAGUAGAGGAGCGAGCCGUUCAGAUGCAGAGGGAGCAGCGGAGGGAGCGGCCGCUGGCAAGACGCAAGUCCGACCUGCCUCAGGACACGUACACCACGAAAGCCUUGGAGUCGCACUGUCGAGCUGAAGAUAUGAUCACCAGCCACGAUGCCCACUAGUUUCCUCUCUGCUUCUUCUGAUCCUACAUUCAGUCCAACAAAUACGAAGCCCAUUCAACGGAGGUGUGGACUGCUCAGGUUUUUUAGAUUUGGGAGGUACAAGGCCAGCAUUGAGAUUUUGGGUUUAUUCUUGUUUUUUUCUGUUCUGUACUUCGCUCAUUGGGUCAGUGGGGGACAGGAGGUACCUGAGAAACCUUGCUGGGUGGUGCUACAUUGACUGGUUAGAGGGAACAAAUUACAUCUAGAGAAGUUUUCUUCAUCCAUCUACUAGACUAGAUCUUUCAUUUGUCUUGGAAUCCUAAUUGCCAGUGCCAAACCAUCAGAUAUCAUAAAUGUUUACUUACGCCAUUUGAAGAUACCACACAUGAUGGUAAAUGAAUGGUUCAAGCAAUGGUAUCAGUUUUCUUUGGCAAUACCAGAGACUUUGUUAGACCUUUGUUAUAUCCAGCAAGUCAAGAGUUAAACCUCCUUCCAAAUUUUUGCUUUCUGGCAGGGACCAUGUAUUAUAUAUUUUAUAUAUAAAUCCUGACCAGACUGUCAGUCCCAGCAUUUGAGAAGCAAACAUGAUUUAAACAUUCCUUAACAUGAUGCUUCCACCACCAUAUUUCACAGUGGGAAAGACCACAAGACUUCAAUUCAUGGAUCAUUUCUAUAAAAGUUCGAAUUAGGCUCAGAGGCACGGAUUAAUCAAGAAAGCUAUACUAAGCUCUGUGGACAGUCUCUAUCAUACUGACAGACCUCACAAAGAAAAGACCUGUUAUUUAUGGAAGGUCAGUAACAUGUAAUAUGUUACAUGAAACUAAAGCUAGUCUUAGAAUUACAAAGAUUAUGAAUACUAGAAUAUAAAAUCUCUAUUGUAAUUGAAUGUAUUAGUAAUUGGUGAGUGCAGCUAGCUAGCAUUUUUAUUUUAAAAUAAUUAAUCAUACUUUUAUCAAACAAACCAAUGCGCUGUCAAUUCUUGGGUGAAAAGCCAUCAAGAGAAGAUAAAACGUAGCGUAUUUAGCUCGUGAGGACCCAUGUGAUGCGACGCUAGAGAGGCUGUUUUGGUCACCAGCUCAAAGGCUCUAUUCACAACACCAAGUGCUUUCUGAGGGCAGAGCAAAAGAGGCUACUGUCACAAUGCCAAAUACAUUCUAUUUGGCCAUAAACCUACUGGCAUACCCCCUUCUCUUGUUGUAUUCUCAGACUAUCUGUCUCUUAUUUUGUUCUUGUGUGUUCUGAACCCAGAGGGUCUAUAAUUUUUUAUCCAAACAUUAAAAACGCACCCUUUUCAGCCCCUCUUUCCAGGGCAUGAGUGCCUUUAUACUGGCGGGUGACAAAUAAGGCUCUGAACGCUGGAUGCAUAAAGUCUAUGAAUGGUAUCAAUCAAUUAUAAUCACUCACUUUAAAAUCUAAAUAUGAUCACAAAACAUAAUCUGAUUGGUCAUCGAGUCUUAAUACAUAAUAAAUAAUGCAUCCGGUACCAAACACCCUAAAACCAAUUUUAUAAUCAUCACAUUAUUUUUAUAAUUGUUCGUUCGGGGCUGCGGGCUAAUACACGCCUUCUCCUCCUGGCUGCAUCUUUAACUGGUCAGCGAUGGAAUCUUACAGAGAGCCUCAGCAUGUACAGAGGAUCACACUAUUCUCCCUGUAUUCCUCUAACACUCACUACAAGGCAUCAGUGACAUUAAAACUCAGCUCUUCAGUUGUUUUUUCGGCCGGUGUGCUUGGUAUUGCGGUCUGGUUGAACCAAGUUUCAGCUACCGUGAAGGCUUAUAGAUAACAAGCUGCCCAGGUCCUGGCUGCAAAACACGCCCGAAUCAUUACCUCUUUAUACUCUCUCUUGUGCUUAUUGGCUUUAUUUGGCACUGUGCAUUCUGACCAAACCAUUAAUCUCAUUUGUCCAUAGGACAUGUUCCAAUCAUCUCAAGGUUUCUUUAGGUAUCACUGUGUCCACUACCCUUCCAUAAAAACAAGACUCUAAAACAUCAACAUUUAGCCUUUGGGUUUGUGAUUUCUCUGAUUUUGCUGGGUCGGGGACUCUUAGAAGGACUGGCAACUAUCUAGAAUGUUCUCUGUGUCUUAAUGCCAUUUAAAAAUGGCCUCAUAACACUUUCCAGACUUUGAGAUAAUUGCUGAUGUUUAUUAAAACAGGCGACCAACAUGCCACUAGAGGUGGGUAUAUCUCCUGGGAUGCGGUUCAUUCUGAAGGGGGUUCGCUAUGCGUUUCCUAGGAAUUUCAGAUUAAAAGACACUUCUAACCUCUAUUUUUUGGAAAUUAAAAAUUACCAUAUGAUAUUCUGAAUUGCAUUUAUUAUUGAACCUCUGAUUGGCGCCAUUUUUUAGACGGGGCAAAAAACCUAAGAGGUGUAAAGCAUGGGCCACUAAAGUGGAUGCUCAAGAUUGGGAAGAUGCUACAAAGUCGCUUCAAAGUGCCCUCAGACCUUAGAUUGAAUCGUAGUCCUGAUGAUUAGCUAAUCAACUGGCUUUAAUUGACGACAUCUGGCUGCAAAGUCAUAUUGGCGCACUUCCUUCACCCUCAAGGUUCCUGGAUAUCGCCUGACUUGACGUAAGAUUGAAGACCUGGUGAUGUUUAGUCACGUCUUGACAAAACUGAAGAUGGGUGUGCACUCUGUUCCUCACUACUGUAGACGCAUCGAUGAUGAAACAGCAGUGUGAGGUCGACGUGUUGAAUGUUCCUUCCUUAAGUCUGUUUUAUUCGGCUGUGUAGAAGCACUUCCUGAAAACUUGAAGCUGUUUGAUGUUUGUGUGACAUGUGAAUGCUUGUGUACGUAACCGGUGAAGAGGUGCGUGUGAACGCAGCAUGCUUUACAUGACAAUAAAUCCAGUGUUCCAUUGUUUGGGCUUAAGCUGUGUGGCCAAAAAUAUGUGGACACCUGACCAUUAGCUUGAUGGACGUCCCAUUCCAAAACCAUGGGAAUUAAUAUGGCGAAUAUGGAGCCUCCAUAUAUCCAUAUACACCGAUCAGCUAUAACAUUAAAACCACGUCUUUGUUUCUACACUCACUGUGCAGAGAAACAGAUGGACUACAGUCAGUAAUUGUAGAACUACAAAGUGCUUCUAUAUGGUAAGUGGAGCUGAUAAAAUGGACAGUGAGUGUAGAAACAAGGAGGUGGUUUUAAUAUUAUGGCUGAUCAGUGUAUUAUGGAUAUUAAACAAUAUGGAACAUGGAGCCUUGAAUUUCUGCGGUCAAGACCCGGCUGUGCAACGGACAUUCCAAUUCAUCCCAAAGGUAUUAAGUGGGACGGAGGGCAGGGUUUUGUCCAGGCCACUGGGAAUCCUCAGCACUUGGACCAGGGGCACAUGGUGGGAGAGGAAAGGGCCUUCCCUGAAUGGUUCCCAUUAGAGGUCGUCAUAUCUUUGGCCUUCCUCUGCUUCCUCACAUAUUCAGCACGCUUCUCCCUGGCUGCAGUUGGCGAUGCCACUUCAAAGUGCCCUGGAUAGCUAAUCAACUGGGUUUGAUUGGCAACAUCUGGCUGCAAAAAACCUCCAAACUACUCCAAAAGUCAUAUUGGGGCACUUCCUUCACCCUUAAGGUUUCUGGAUAUUAGCUGACCUGAAGUGAAGUGAUGUUUUGUCCUCUCCUUAUAUAUAAACUGACAAAAUUGAAGAUAGUUGUGCAAUUUAUAUCCCUGAAACACCUGGUUUUAAUAAUUACAAGGGGUGUCCACAUACUUUUGGCCACACAGUGUACCACACCAUUCAUUUGUUUUCAUCAUUGUUUCAUAUUUCAAUGAACGUGAAUGAGUUCUGUACAUACCAAACCCAUACUAAACCCACCAAACACACCAGAGACGAACUUCUGCUCAGAAUUAAUGAUGUCAGGUUCUGAUUUGUGUUACUGUUGUGCUUUACUGUGUGAACGUCGUGUAUAAAAAAAAACACACAAAAAUCUGAUCUUUCCUUAUGGUUUAGUUCUUCUGAUUGACUCUAUUUGCUGUACUAUUAUAUAAAUAUAAACAUAAAUAUGUUUAGAUGACUGAUAAGCUAGCCCAGAAUUUGAUUUGAACAUGGUAAGUGUCCUUUAACAUACGACCUGUACUAUACUACAUUUCAUACUGUACAUAAUGUUUUCCAUUCUUUUAUUUCUCUGUAGUAUUAUACAGUAUAUUUAGACGUAUUUGUAAAGAAAAAGUCCUCUGUACAGAACGAAAAAGCAACAUGUGGCACAACCUUCUAGUCUUCUAGAUUUCUGACUAGAGCUCAUAUUUUUUUUGUUUAUUAGUUCGAAUCCUGGGAAGGUUUGUGGAACCGCUCAGCCAUCGAAAUCUGUGAGCCUUCACUCGGUUUCAUUGGUGUACAUCUAUACAGAAUAAAUAAAAAGUCUAUGUGGAUUUAUAUUUUAA